AUGACACCUUUGAAAGGCCGCCCGAUUCCGUUUGAUUUGUAUGAUUCAGACAAUAAAGUACGACUGACCGACUUCAGUCAUAUUGUGAAUGCUUUGCGGUAUAAGGCAACAGAGAGCACAGAUCGGUUAAAGGAAGCAUUUGCAAUUGUCGACGGUCGCGGCAAAGAAUCUGCUACACUUACCUGGGAUAAGUUGAAUGCACGCGCAGAAAAAAUAGCACAGACAUUGCAGCAAAAACACAAAGUGAAACAAGGCGAUCGUAUUGCAUUAAUCUAUCGAAAGUCAGAGGUUUUGGAAUUUAUCCCAGCCCUGUUCGGUUGCUUUUUAGCAGGUGUGACAGCAGUACCUAUCAAUGCAGCAGAAGAUCUGUCUGAACUCUCCUUCAUCAUCUCACUCGCCAAUAUCCAUUUGAUUUUGACUACAGAUUACAAUCAUCGAGCAUUUGUCAAAGAGAAAAAUGUCGAACUUGCUGGCCAUGUUACUUGGCUCAAGACAAAUGAUUUAGGUACUUGGUACCCUUCUAAGAAGUCGUCCGAGUAUCCACCAAUCAAAGUACCUGAGAUUGCUUACAUAGAAUACGCCAAAGCAAAUAAUGGUGAAUUGAAAGGUGUCACAGUCACACAUGCUUCGAUUAUGGAACAAUGUGCAGCAUUUCAGGCUGCUACGACCGAGACAAUUGUCAACACAAAUGGAAAUGGUGUGGAAGUCAAGCCAAAACAUAGAACCCGUCAGUCUGAUGUUGUCGUGAGCUACUUUGAACCAAGACAACAAAUUGGCUUAAUCCUUUCUGUGCUGCAAUCCGUGUAUGCUGGCAACUUGACUAUCUUUGCCAAUGGUUCGAUUGUGGAUACACCUGCUGUAUGGAUCUAUGUCUUGUCAAAAUACAAUGCUACUAUGGCUUUGGCAGAUUAUAACUCCUUGAAGUUUAUCACACAUUAUUUUGAAUCCAAUCAAAAAGAAGUCAAAACACAUAGUAAAAAAGUAGUUCCUGAUCUCUCAUCCUUGCGUUAUUUGAUUGUAGAUACUAACAUUGUUCGACCUGAACUCAACCAAUUGAUUGCCGAUAAAUUAUUGGGGCCUUUGGGCAACACUGACUGUCCCUUAGAAGUCAUUUGUCCUGUUCUCUCGUUACCUGAACACGGUGGCAAGAUUGUGAGUAUGCGAGAUAACUUGGGUCCUGCUUUUACGGAAGAAUCAGUUGAGCAUGAAGAACUCGUGUCUGAAGAAGGUCAGCAAAUAACACAUUCAAUCAAGACAACGCAGUCUGUAUUAGCACCAGGAGGAUCGCGCGAUGCAUUUGCUUGUUUGCUGGAUGCACAAGCACUAAGGAGAAACAAAGUGUUGGUGUUGGCAGCAGGUGCAGAAGCCAAAAAAGCAGAAAAUCUCAAUGAGCCCGGUCGAGUCUGUGUAGAAUCCUUUGGGUUCUGUAUGCCCAAGACAAAUGUGGCCAUCGUGGAUCCAGAUACAGCCACCGUCUGUCCUCCUGAUACAUUGGGUGAAGUAUGGGUGGAUUCACCCUCUAUGCAUGGUGGAUUUUGGGCAUUGCCGAAGCAUACUGAAUCCAUUUUUCAUGCCCGUCCUAUUGUUGUUCAUCCCGAAUCAUUUUAUCCUGAAGUAUCUACUGAAGUCUAUUUAAGAACCGGCUUAUGUGGAACCAUGAUUGGAGGUCGAUUGUUUAUUUUGGGUCCCUAUGAAGAUCGUAUCCGUCAACAGCAUUUAGGCAGUGAACUUGGUUUGGAAGAUACGUAUUAUGCAAGCGAAUUACUGGAUACCAUUCGUAAGCGUGCCCGUAUUCAGAAAUGUACUCUCUUUGAAGUGUUUGUCAAACGCCAACAUCUUCCUAUUGUUGUUUGUGAAUCAAACGCAAACCGAGCUGACCUUAUUAAAAUAGCAGAUGAAAUUGAUGAAGCAUUGAUUGAUUUCCAUGGCCUCAGAGCCUAUGCGAUUAUUUUCGUAAAAGAAAAUGGGUUACCUCGACAAAAAGUACAUGGACGUCGAGUGAUUCAUUCGUUGAUGACCAAGAAAUACUUUAUUCAUGGCCAACUUAACAUCAGACAUAUCAAAAUCGACGUCGAUCGCACCAUAUUCAACUUGGCUACCAAUGUCGAUCCUACUAAUAAUCUAUGGCUUUCCGGUAUGGCUUAUGACAAGGCAAUUCGCACUGGUGCUAUUAUUCCCCAUCCUCAGCGACAACACACCGGUCUUGAGCAAGUACGUAACGUGAUUGAUGAAAGAACAAAUUAUGAUGUUUCUCGGUUUACAAACAUGGUUGAUAUUCUGCAAUGGCGUACAACUCUAUAUCCUGAAGAAGUGGCAUUUACCCUCUCGACUCUUUCUGGUCAGAACAUCAAUACAAAGACAUACUCUUGGCGAAAAUUAAGUUAUAAGUCUGCUGCAGUGGCAGCUUUGUUAGUCAAGAAAGGACUCAAAAGAGGCUCACGUGUGUUGGCCAUGAUUCCAUUUGGCGUUGACUAUGUUUUUUGUAUCUAUGCUUGUUUAGCCAUAGGUGUUAUUCCUAUACCUAUUGAACCUGUAGACCCUCAACUUCAGUCUGGACGAAUCAAUGAAUUUGUAGAACAACUGAUUGAAGCUUCAAGAGAUCUAGGCGCUUCCGCUAUCUUGGCAAGCUCAGAAGGAGAAGAUGUGUUCAAGAACAAUGCAGUGAAAUCAGCUUUGAAACAAUUAUUACCCUCCAGCUACAAGUUACCAGAAACCAUCAAUAUCUCAAAAGCACCUAAAAAUCACAAAAUGCUGGGUAAAGAAAGUGGUUUUACGGUACGUCCUGAAUGGAUUACAUCCAAUAGAAAUGUGCCUGCCAUGAUUACCAUCCAAACUUCUUCUGAUGGCCGUCGUCUUUAUGCUCACCUGGGUCAUGAUACCAUUUUAAAUCAAUGUAGAACACAAAAAAUGACCUGCCAAAUGCGCUUCCAACGCGGUAUUGUCACUACAGGUCUUGGUACGUAUGAUGGUCUAGGUCUUUUACAUGCUUUGUUUUGUGGUGUCUAUGUGGGUUGUAGUACUGUGUUGAUUCCCUCUGCUGACUUCUAUAUGAACCCUGUUUCCUUCUUUGAAUCUCUUCAACGACAUAAAGUCAAGGAUGCAUUCUUGACGAAUGCACUCGUCCAGUUUGCCAUGAAUCGCAUGAACGCAAAUGACAGUCGACAUAUCACACUGAAGGGCGUACAGAACCUGAUGCUAGCAAACGACAACCGACCCAAGCCUUUACUCUAUCAGCAUAUGGCUAGAUAUUUUGUUCGACAUCGACUCGAUAAAGAAUCUAUCAAUACCGUUUACAGUCAUGCAGCAAAUCCAAUGAUUACUACACGAUCCUACAUGCUACUGGAACCCAUUGCUCUCUCAGUAGAUCCUUACUGGCUUCGACAAGGCAUUGUGCGUGCCAUGAACCCAGAAGAAGAAGCUUAUGGUAUCUUAUUGAAUGAUUCUGGUAUUGUACCUAGUAAUACGAUGAUUGCCAUUGUCAAUCCCGAGACACGUACACUAUGUCCUAGUCAUGUAGUAGGUGAAAUUUGGGUGUCUUCUGAUAGUAAUGCAAAGACAUUUUAUGGUUUGGAUGAUGCUUCUCAUGCACAACGUUUCGAGGCCUCCAUUGCUGGCAAUGAUCCCAAUAUCAAGUACUUCCGCACAGGCGAUCUUGGAUUCUUGUGGAAUGUAAGACGCCGUGUAGACAAUCGUAUGAUGCAACCUGUGCUAGAAGAAGGCCAAUGCCUGUAUGUGUUAGGUCCUAUUAACGAAACUAUCUAUCGAAACGGGUUGAUUCAUUUCCCUAUUGAUAUCGAAUUGUCCAUUGAACGUUGUCAUCCCAUGAUUCCAGCUGGUGGAAGUAUUGUAUUCCAAUAUAAGGAAGAAGUGGUUGCUGUUGUCUCGGUUAAGUCCAAUGAGUAUGCUCUUUCGGCAGUUCCUUUGGUAGUCAAUGCCAUUCUUGAGCAUCAUUCGUUCUUGGUGGAUAUUGUGGUCAUUGUCCAUCCAAACCACUUUCCUCGGUCUCGUUUUGGUGAUAAAAUGAGACGAAAAGCACUUGUAGUCUUUGCUGAAAAGAAACUGUAA